AUGCGGGGUCAACUUGAGCUGACGCCAACGUAUGCGGUGCAGCUGGAUGGCAAGAUCCUGGCGAACGCACACGCAGUUGGCCACAACGGAGACGGCGUCACGGAGCUUCUGUUUGGCUCGUUGACGGGCAAAGUGUCGGUGUGGAAGGUUGUCGCCGGCCGUCUAGUGCAGUGGAGGAGCUGUGAAGUGGACGGCUCCGUGACGUCCAUUUGUCUCGACUACUCGGUCGCUGAGAGUCCUCGGGUCAUUGUAGCGACGGCAGAGGGGACGUGUACGGUGUUUUGCUCUGUACAGGGUGCGGAAGAGCUGCAGCUGUGCUUUGGGUUUACGGUUGCACUCAACAUCUGUGACAUCGUGCACGUAAACGACGAGCUCAUUGUAGCAACGCGUGACGGACGCGUGCUUGUUUACCAACAGGACCAUGCAGAUCUCGACAAGUAUACGCAGAUCGCACAAAUGGAGAUCGACGAUGAGGUCGAGAAGCUGAUUGUCGUCCAGCCCAAACUAUCGAGCUCGAAUGCUUCGACCCAGCUUCUUGUCAGGUGUUUCUCUGGCCGAGUCUUUUGUCUGAUCGGGCCAAGCACAUCGGAGACAACUAACAAGCGAGAAAUCGUACCGUGGAGCGGCCCUCCUGCCACUGACGACAGCAUCACUUUUGUCGUUACCGACAUCGAAAUGAACGAAGCGCGAGACAUGGUAGCCCUUGUGUCGGUGAGCGGUCUCGUGUCGCUGUACUCAUCGUCCGGAGAAAAGCAGUGGGACUACCAGUUGCCAGAAGCUGUUGUCAACGCCGACAAACUCGAGAUGACAGCACGUGGAGGGGGACGUCAGGAUGCUGUUGUGGUCUGCACUUGGAGUGGACAACUGUUUGCAAUUCAAAGCGAGCAAAAACUUGUGCGCUUCCGAAUGCCACUGCCCAGUUGCUCCAUGUUCUGUGUCGACAUGUGCGAGUUGCCUGCCCAGGUUGACCCUACUAUUGUCGGCAUCAGCACUUCGGGCACGGUUUUCGUCUACCGAGACGUGCAGGACACACUUAUUCGCGGUCUGCAAGACUUAACGUUGGCGGAUGUAAUCAAGCAGAGCACUGUGUAUGCUCAACUGGACAGCGUAGAAAAGCGCAAAAAUGUGAUGAAGAAGCUGUGCACUGCGUUCCCACAAUGCGUCGUGUCCGCCGAAAGUGCAAUGCCCAGUGUGGCAGACCUUAUCAAGGCCAUGCUUGCAGUUCCUGUGCAGCCGUAG